AUGUUAACUUGCGCCCAAACAUGGCCAGAACCUAUUGUUCGAGUCCAAUCCUUAGCCGAAAGUGGCCUUAACUCAAUUCCAUCAUGCUACAUCAAACCAACUUCUCAAAGACCAUCUAAAACCACUCUUACCUCUCGAAUCGAUCGUAUCGAUAUCAACAUACCUUUGAUUGAUCUUGAGCACGUGUUCAGUGAGGAUCAGGUCCUCAGAGAAACAGUGCUCAAGAACGUCUCGGAGGCGUGUAGAGAGUGGGGUUUUUUCCAAGUCGUGAACCAUGGGAUUGACCAUGAGUUGAUGAAGAGUGCUAAGGAAGUGUGGCGUGAGUUCUUUAACCUUCCACUUGAAGUGAAAGAAGAGUUUGCUAACUCUCCUAGUACUUAUGAGGGUUAUGGUAGUAGGUUGGGAGUGAAAAAAGGUGCUAUUUUGGAUUGGAGUGACUAUUUUUUUCUUCAUUAUAUGCCUCCUUCUCUUAGGAAUCAAGCUAAGUGGCCUGCACUUCCAUCAUCCUUGAGGAAAGUGAUUAAUGAAUAUAGUGAAGAAGUGGUUAAGCUAGGAGGAAGAAUAUUGGAGUUAAUGUCAACAAAUCUUGGUUUGAAAGAAGAUUUUCUUAUGAAUGCAUUUGGAGGAGAGAAUGAGCUUGGUGCUUGCUUAAGGGUUAAUUUUUAUCCAAAGUGUCCACAACCUGAUCUUACUUUAGGGUUGUCUUCUCACUCAGAUCCUGGUGGUAUGACUAUUCUCCUACCUGAUGAUUUUGUGUCUGGACUUCAAGUAAGAAAAGAAAAUGAUUGGAUCACUGUUAAGCCUGUCCCUAAUGCUUUUAUCAUCAACAUUGGUGACCAAAUUCAGGUAAUGAGCAAUGCAAUAUACAAGAGUGUAGAACACAGGGUGAUAGUGAAUCCAAUACAAGAUCGUGUCUCAUUGGCAAUGUUUUACAAUCCAAAAAGUGACUUGCUCAUUCAACCUGCUAAGGAGCUUGUGACAGAAGAAAAGCCAGCCCUUUAUCCACCAAUGACCUAUGAUGAAUACAGACUUUAUAUUAGGAUGAAAGGACCUUGUGGAAAAGCUCAAGUUGAAUCUUUGGCUUCAGAAAUGUAA